GCAGUAGUAAAGGGAGGGGGCUCGUGUUUGUAAAGUUUAGGGGGUAGUUUAUAUUUCACUAAGAAAGAUCCAUUCUUAUUUCCUGCUGGCAGGCUCCUCAACGGACAGGCAGACAGGCAGGCAGGCAGGCAGACAGACAGGCAGGCAGACAGGCAGGCAGGCAGGCAGACAGGCAGGAGAAGUUCUGACAUCCAGGCGGAGACACCGGGACUUCGCAGCACUUUAAGCCGGGCCGAGUGGCCUCAGCGCCGGCAUGAAGGUGGAGUUCGCCCCGCUGAACGUCCCGCUGCGGAGGAGGCUGCAGACCGCCGCCACGCUACAGUGGGUCUUCUCCUUCCUGGCUUUAGCUCAGUGCUGUCUUGCUGCCUUCGUGCUCUUGGCUCUCUCUGAUUGGUGGACUGUGGCCCUGCUGUAUGCUGGUUGGCUGUGGCUGGACUGGGACACGCCCACAUGCGGGGGUCGGAGGUCACAGUGGGUCAGAAGCUGGAGCAUCUGGGACUACUUCAGGGACUACUUCCCUCUGACUCUGAUUAAAUCUGUCGAUCUGGAGCCAAAGAAAAACUACAUCUUUGGAUUUCAUCCACAUGGUGUGCUGGUAGCGGGGGCGUUUGGGAACUUCUGUACGGAGGCGACCGGUUUCUCUCGUCUGUUUCCUGGACUCAGGUCUCACCUUCUGAUGCUGCCGUUCUGGUUCAGGGUCCCUGUCUUCAGGGACUACAUCAUGUGUGGAGGCCUGGUGUCCAGCUGUAAGGCCAGCCUGUCUCACCUCAUCAGUCGCCCUGCAGGAGGGAACAUCGCUGUCAUCGCGGUAGGCGGAGCUCCAGAGGCUCUGGACGCUCGACCAGGAGCGCUAACACUUCAGGUCCGAAACAGGAAGGGCUUCAUCAAACUGGCUCUGAAACACGGAGCUCAGCUGGUUCCAGUCUUUUCCUUUGGAGAAAACGAGUUGUUUGACCAGAUGGAGAAUCCCACCGGCUCUCCUCUGAGGAAGCUGCAGAACCGGUUGCAAAGCAUCAUGGGAGUAGCGAUGCCUCUGUUUCACGCCAGAGGAGUUUUCCAGUACAGCUUUGGCCUGAUGCCCUACAGGAAGCCCAUCCAUACCGUUGUGGGGAAGCCGAUCUCGGUGGUCCAGACUCUGAGUCCCAGCUGUGAGGACAUCGAUUGUCUUCAUGAACUUUACAUGCAGAAUCUGACAGAACUGUUCGAACAGCACAAACACAACUAUGGUCUUGAUGAACAACAGCACCUGACCUUUAUAUAAACACCUGACCUUCAGAUGACCUCUAUAUAUAGACACCUGACCUUUAUAUAAACACCUGACCUUCAGAUGACCUCUAUAUGUAGACACCUGACCUUUAUAUAAACACCUGACCUUCAGAUGACCUCUAUAUAUAGACACCUGACCUUUAUAUAAACACCUGACCUUCAGAUGACCUCUAUAUAUAGACACCUGACCUUUAUAUAAACACCUGACCUUGAGAUGACCUCUAUAUAUAGACACCUGACCUUUUAUAUAAACACCUGACCUUCAGAUGACCUCUAUAUAUAGACACCUGACCUUUAUAUAAACACCUGACCUUCAGAUGACCUCUAUAUAUAGACACCUGACCUUUAUAUAAACACCUGACCUUCAGAUGACCUCUAUAUAUAGACACCUGACCUUUAUAUAAACACCUGACCUUCAGAUGACCUCUAUAUAUAGACACCUGACCUUUAUAUAAACACCUGACCUUCAGAUGACCUCUAUAUAUAGACACCUGACCUUUAUAUAAACACCUGACCUUCAGAUGACCUCUAUAUGUAGACACCUGACCUUUAUAUAAACACCUGACCUUCAGAUGACCUCUAUAUAUAGACACCUGACCUUUAUAUAAACACCUGACCUUCAGAUGACCUCUAUAUAUAGACACCUGACCUUUAUAUAAACACCUGACCUUCAGAUGACCUCUAUAUAUAGACACCUGACCUUUAUAUAAACACCUGACCUUCAGAUGACCUCUAUAUAUAGACACCUGACCUUUAUAUAAACACCUGACCUUCAGAUGACCUCUAUAUAUAGACACCUGACCUUUAUAUUACAUUUCAUGUCAUUUAGCUGACGCUUUUAUCCAAAGCGACUUACAAUCAUGUUACAAUCAUACACCGUAGACACAGCUACAGGGAACAAUUCAGGGUUAAGUGUCUUGCUCAAGGACACAUCGACUAGGGCGGGGAUUGAACCGCCAACCCCCUGAUUGAAAGACGGACCUGCUUACCACUGACCCACAAUCGCCCUAUAUAUGACCUUUAUAUAAACACCUGACCUUCGGAUGACCUCUAUAUAUACACAUCUGACCUUUAUAUGACCUUUAUAUAUACACAUGUACCUUCAUAUGACCUGUUCAUAUACACCUGACCUUCAUAUGACCUUUAUAUAUACACAUGACCUUCGGAUGACCUCUCUCUCUCUCUCUCUCUCUCUCUCUCUCUCUAUAUAUAUAUAUAUAUACACACACACCUGAACUUUAUAUGACCUUUAUAUAAACACAUGACCUUCGUAUGACCUCUGUAUACACACCUGAUCUUCAUAUGACCUUUAUAUAUACACCUGAUCCUCAUAUGACCUUUAUAUAUACACCUGACCUUCGUAUGACUUUUAUAUAUAAAUCUGACCUUUAUAUGACCUUUACAUAAACACCUGACCUUCAUACGACCUUUACAUAAACACCUGUAUUCUUCCAACUAUACAAGUAAAUAAGUCAGAGUAUAAAGAACUAGAUGUACAUGCUUCAUGCUUCAGGCCGGGCCGAUACAUGUUGUACCCUCUGUUUGGCUUUAUGUCCAUAAAUAGCUAAAAGCCGAGAUACCGGAUGCGAUUGUUGCUUAGUGUUCGGUGUUCAGAACCAUGGACAUUGCUGGUUACUUGUUUGUGUGUAGCGGCAUACUUAUAUGUAUUUAUGUAGAAGGUAUGAAAACAUUUUGAAAAGUCUUAAUCAUUCUCAUUAAGCCAUAUCUGGGAAAUGAGGCCCGGUGUCCGAGCAAUGCUAACAGAGCUAACGUGACUUAUUGGUUUGAGUUAGGAAUGCUAACAGGGCUAACAUAAUUUAUUGGUUUGAGUUAGGAAUGCUAACAGGGCUAACAUAAUUUAUUGGUUUGAGUUAGGAAUGCUAACAGAUGCUGGGGUGCGUUGAAGAGCGAGGUGAACGUGAAGGUUAUGUUUCUGUAUAAUCAUCACAUGAUGAUGUAACAUGAUUGAUGGGUGGGUCAUGCAGGUGAUGUCACAUAACAGCAAAAGAUCCAGAGGAGAUGGUGCUGUGUGAUUGGUUUAUUCCAUAAUGUUAUGAUUUCAAUAAAGAAAGGCUACAUUGACUCCCAAA